AUGGCCACCGCUUUUAUUUUUCACAGGGGUUUCCUAGAACCAAGUUCAAAUCAUCCAGUACGGACACUAAAGGAGAAGCUGGCUGCAGAGCUUCGCCAGGCCUUUCUGUUACAAAACAUUGACUCCUGCCUUCCUCUGCUCCACCAAGGUCAACUCAAUGGUGUCUGUCACUCGAAUAUCUUUUGGCUCAUUCUGAACCCAGAGGAGACUCCAAGCACUGAAGAAAUGUCUGAUGGGCUGGCACAUGCAGUUUCGUUUCACCGUGUUGAUUUUUGCAAGGAUAAGAAUGGCUGGGUGGGUGUGCAAGAGGGAUGGCACGUUUCAAAGCAGUAUUAUCUUAGACCUUCCAUUCUACCUAAUGCUCUGGCAAUAAUACAAAGAGAAGCUUUUCUCCCAGAGACACUUUAUGUUAUUUCUGGACUGGUUUUCGGGAAGUGUUUUAUCCCUCCUUACUCCGUGCCUGUUUUUCAUGAGAUGGUUUUUGUAAGUGCCAUUAAGAGAGGUACAGAGAAAACCGAUAUCCAGAUGCUGGUGAAUGACAUUAAAACCAUCAUAUAUUCGCUUCACAAAACUGUUUCCAGCAUUAAACUGAGUCUAAACCUGCAGGAAGCAAUGAGCUUUGAAACAACUGAGCUAAAUGAGUUUGCCGCUUUGGAAUCUCAGCUUAGUAGAAUUCAGUACUUAAUCUGUGUAGAGACAGAUACUUCAGACUCCCAUGACAAGGGCUCCUGUGUAGGAGUUACAAGCACAGCUCAUGAUGAACUAGGAAGCAGUGAACUGGUUGUUGUCUUUGCUUCAUUGAAUCUUGACCUCCUGGCCACGCUGAUCUGUGGAAGAAGUGAUUGGCGAAUGCUCUGGACAUCGGACAAUCGGUUCUUCCACCAUCAGUUUCCUAGGGGAGAAUUAAGGCUAUUCCAGAGUUUUUCUCUCCAUCCACCUUCCUAUGUUCAUGAUGUCAGCUUUUGGGUUCCUGAUGGGGAACAGUUGGAUGCAGUUGCUUUUCACAGCACUGCCAGGCAGGUGCGGUGUGAACCGGUCCCAUCCAUGCAGUUAAUGGCCAGCCAGCAGUCAGAGCCAGGCCGGAGGAGCUGCUGCUCCAGGCUGACCUUUCAGUGCUGGGCCAGGGGCUGA